CUAUGCAAGUUUGUCUGGGUUGUGUAUUUAAAAUACGUGUUUUUGCAGGAAACUGGUCUUUCUUAUAACAUCACGUCUUGCUCAAAGUGCUGCUUCAGAACCCUUUCUGCAGCUACAACGUUUUUAUUUUGUUUGUCUGCCCCAACCUAUUUGGCUAUCUCCUUUUGUGAAGCUUCGGAACAUUUUAACUAUCUGUUCUGUGGUGCAUUUGCUAAGUUUGCCUGGAAUUUGACAGAAGGCUUAAAAGCUAUUGGUGAGAUUUGAGAGCGCUUUAGCAUCUUCUCAGAGUGCUUUCGUCUUUCUCCAGUUGGUUCUAGCAAGCGUCAUGAGGUUUCUAAGUGGCUUUACCAUAUCUUUUGAUGCCUCCGAAGAAGAAACGUACCUGCAAUGCCAGGAAAACAGAACUGGUAUUCCUUGAGGAACCAUGGGAGGGACCCAUCCAUUGCUGUGAAACUCCACAACCUUUGGCUGAGAAUCCAAGACAUGUUCCUACAAAACCUAUAGACAAGAAUACCUCUGCUGCCUGGGUGUGCGCACAAUUUGAGACAACCAAGUCGUUGGUCUUGAAAGCAUUUCAGAAGAAGCAUCGUGGUGCUUGUAAAGCGCAGAAGCAGGAUGCCAGCCACGGGUUGCCUUGCGCGAGGGGAGCUUGUCAAAGACCCGCAGCCUGCAAAUUCCCUCCUUUAACUUUUGAGAGUUCGGACGGAUGCGCAGCCUGCUCCCCGGAUGCGCUGAACCACGCAGGGAGGCAGGCACAGCACCCUCACGGCAGGGUCCCACACAACAACAUCCAGGCGGCCAGUUCCCAGAGCGGUGAGGAAACACCACCAGCGCCCGCUCCCCGGCCUGUGGAGCCAGCAGCCUUCAGCCCACCGGACAUCGGGACCCCACAGCCUCCUGUACGGGGCGGGAGGUGCAGCAGCGCCCUGUCACCGCCCGGGGAGGCGGCGGCGGUGCUGGUCGCGGACACCCCGCAGGAGCAGUACGGGCUCCGCGUCACCUGGCGGCAGCGGCCCCGCGUCCUGCAGUACCUGCGGGAGCGGGGCAGGCUGAGCAGCGCUGACACCAUGGUGCGGAGGGACGCGGGGCUGUGCGGCAGGCAGCCCCGGUAGUUCCCACCGCGCUCCGCCCUCAGGCGGCUCCGGUGUCGGGCAUGCGCGGCCCCGAGCGGGGCGGGGCGGGGCGGGGGGGCGGCAGCGGGUUCCGCCGCCACGCUGCGCCGCGAGGCGGGGCCAUGGCAACGGCGGGGCCGGGCAUGGAGAGCGCCGGGGGCCGCGGCACGGCCGGCGCGGGGUGAGUGAGGGAGGGAGGGAGCGGGGCCGGCGGGGCGAGGAGCCCGAGGGGUCGGAGCGCGGGCGGCAGCAUCAGCCCUGCCCUGCGCCGCCUCCCUGCUAUGGCACGGCCGGGCGCUGCGGCGCCGUGGCUGUGCCCGUGCCAGGGCGAGGGGCGAGGGGAUGGGGCUUUGCAUGGGGAUUACGCCUGUGGCGUCUGAAUGGCAAAAAAAAAAAAAAAACACUUGAGGGUAAAUGUGGGGAUACGGGCGGCUGAUGAAGGAGAGAGGAGGUGUUUAUUUGGGGUUGUAAUUUUUAGUUGAGGAGGGUGGAAUGAGGCAAUAGAGUGAGAAGGGGUCCGCUAAUCUCGUGGGUCCAUCAAAUGUGCUGUGAAACAUUAAAGUCAGCGGAAAGAAGAAAUCUUCUAAGAUUGAGGUUUGUAUACCGAUUCUAGAACUUUUUUUUCUUUUAAUUCUUUUAUGCCAAUAAAUUUUCUUGCAUAGA